AUGAAGCAAGUCGCCCAGGGAAGCGGCCGUACGCUGCUUGGAGGCCUCGCCCGCUACAGCUCGCGCGCGCCGGCAACGCUCCUCUCGCAGCUGGAAGACAAGCUCACGCACCAGCCCCUCUUCCUCAGCUAUGACUACCUCUCGCCGCAGCCGUCGCAUCUUCUGAACGUCUCGCUACGGGAUUUCCUGCCUCGCGCUGAGUCCCGGCAGCCCCUCAAAGACGCCAGUGGUCUGGUCCUCCCUUCAGUUCUGGACGCCGGUCAUCUACCCCGCGGCCACCACCUGGUAUACUUCCCGCCGCACCUCCCGUCGUCUGAGCUGGUGCCCGAUGGAUGCGAUGUGUUACACUGCCCUGGUGCGCCAUUCAAUCGUCGCAUGUGGGCUGGAGGCUCGGUUCGGUUCCGCGAUCCCAACGGGGGGCCUCUCUUAGAUGCCCAGCGCGCUGUGUGCAUAGAAGGAGUCAGAGAUGUACGAAUUAAGGGAAAAGAGGGGGAAGAGAAGGUCUUCGUCGGCAUCGAGAGGCGUAUAGCUCUUGUCAAAGAGAAUGAGGAUGAAGAAACCAUGAGAAGGCGGAUAUGGACUGCCACUGAAGAGGAAUGGGGAGAUGCCAGUGUUAUUGAGAAGCGCAAUCUCGUGUUUAUGCUGGACAAGACUCCGGAAGAGCUUCGUAGAGAGCAAUCUGGCGGAGCCCAACAGAGGAAACCGCUAAAGGCUCCCACGAACCCGACGCUCCGCCAUACCCUUACCCCAUCACGCUCUCUGCUCUUCCGCUUCUCAGCACUGACAUUCAAUGCACACUCUAUCCAUCUUGACCGAGACUAUGCUCGUAAUGUUGAGGGUUACGAGGAUCUGCUGGUCCACGGACCGCUGUCGCUCACAUUAAUGCUAAUGGUAUUCCAGGGCCAUAUCAAGGAUACCCGUCGAGCGAUUUCUAGUAUCGAAUAUCGAAACUUGGCGCCUAUACUAGUCGAACAGCCUCUAACUGUGUGUGCUAAACCUAAAGAGACAGGACAUGAUGGCUCUUGGGACAUAUGGAUUGAAAAGGGUGAUGGCGGUAUGGCGGUUCGAGGCACGAUCCAAACAAAACCCUUUGACAAAGGAGUCUGGACAUCCACCGGCUCCCCAAUGCUCUGA